AUAUAUAUAUAUAUUCACAUGCAUAUUAUAACUUACUGUUAUUACCUUGUCUAUCUGGUUUGGUGAUGUUCUGACAUUGAUACAUAUACAUAACUUUUUUACACAUACAUAAACAACAGCAUCCACAUAUACGUCACCGGUUCAUUGCACAUGGUGAUAUCAUAUUAUUUCCGGAAAGGGCUUUUUAUUCUUAAGAAAUAUUCAGUAUCGUUAAUAAUGUACUAUUUAAUCCGUAACAUACCCUUGGGCUGUUGAUCUAUUCUCAAAAAAACGUAUACGGUAUGUUUGUACAUGUAAACACGUAGUUAUACACACGCUUACACAUACAUGUUUAUGCAUUACUAUUGGUGCUGGUAUGUAGCCUUAGGAAGCUGAGCCUAUGUAUGUAAACCUAUAAACCUGAGCCUUCUCCAAUUAGCAUGGCGCGAAUUUUGAUAAGUGUUCGGUCUGAAGACUUCCUAGUUGACUGUUAUUUAUUCCGCCAUGGUCACAACCCAACCCAACUCGAUGUGUCCCAGUUGGAAUACAACAAACAGACAAACUGUCUACAUUUAGUUCCUAACCAAACAUGUCCCAUUGCUCUAUCAGACAGUACAGAAAAGUAUGUUUUUAACUGCUCCCCACAUUUAUACUCGACAGCACCGACAUGUUCAACCUUCACCCUUGACAAUGAUGAUCGUAUUGAUGAUACCAGUGAUUGUUGUAGGGGAAUAGUUGACCAUGUCUCCAAGACUCCAGCUGUCACGGCCCCCACCGUGAUGUAUCCCAGUCGUCAGACUUGCCUCUUACUUGAUAGUCAUCUCGUCUCUCUUCUUAUGGAUCGAGUUCGUUUUUCCCCCAAAUUCAAGAAGCGGUUCAUCAAAUUCGUCCAGUCCAAUAUUGGUUUCAGCCACCGUCCUGCAAAUAUUAUCCUUGACCAAUCACACACCACAGUGCCCUAUUUUAUCGAUAUUGUUCUCCAGUAUCCUAAACAAUACAUUGAUUAUAGUUGGUAUUGUAAGAUGCAGCAUUUGGUUGAGAUGAAGCUAAGAAUGGAUGAAGCAAUGGCCAUAUUGUCUACUCUUGGGGGUGGAUAUUCUGCCUUAGGGGAGUAUUAUGAAAAUCAUUCUUUGGAAGCUUUCAACAUUGCUGUAAAACAACUGCAGAUUGCAUUGAAAUCUACUGAUCCACUGAGUGUUUCCCGCUGCUAUCUCUACAUUGCACUCAGUCUUAUGCAACGAGGCUAUCUUCAUUGUUCACGUGCCAUAAUCAGAAAGCAGUUUUUAUUUGCCAAAAGCCAUGUGAUCCAAGACGGACGUUUAAUAGCAAUGUGCCAUGGACUUUGGGCUAAACUGGGUUUCUUGUACCAUCUGAGGAAUCUGAAGAAGAAAGGUUUACAAUACAGCACAGACGCAGAAAUGGACAAUGUCCUAUAUUCUCCCUCCACUUACCCUAACCAAAAUUGUUGCAAUCUUCAGUUGGCACCCUGUAGUUCUUGAUGAUUCUUUCACUUUAGCUGUUGCACUGAAAGAACUGAUUCACAGAGUAAAUUCUAGAAUUUCAUUUAAUUGGAAAGAUUUCUUGUCAGAAUUCUUUGUGAAAAUUCUAGUAUAUGAAAAUAUUUUAGAGCCCAAUUAUUUUUGCCAACUUCAAGUAUAAUGCAAAAUUGUGUUCAUGAGUUUUCAUUGGAGUAUUUUGAUUCUUGAGGUGUUUGGAAAAUAAUGGAACCCCUCAGAGUUUUGUCUCCUUUAUAAUUUUUAUAUAAUUCAUAUUUGCAGCAUUAUCUCCUAUUUUAAUUCUGCAUGAUUUAUUUUGACUACCAGUGUUUUAUCCCUGGUUGAAAUCUCCCCUGAUAUAUUACACACUGAUUACAGCUUGAAUAAUAAGAUUUGUGUUUCAUCCAUGUAACAUUCCAAUGGUUUAUUAUAAUAUUAUACAAUAACAGACCUUUGCUCUUGUUUCUGACAGUCAUCAACAACAUUCCACUUUUUAGAUGUUCAAAAUGACAAUAUAAAGUGAUAAGGUGUCUUGAAGAAGUUUACAUCCCAUUGCAAGUAGUGUGCGGUUUCCUUGCACACAGAACUGAGCUUAUCACUGGAACUGAACUGAACAUAUCAUGUAUUUAACUAACUGAAGUGAGAUUUCAAGAAGUUUCAGUAAUGAAGCAAGGAGUACAACUAGCUCUACUUUAUGGUUAAUGUCUGUGAAGCCAACUCACACAAAAAUAAAAACAUUAUUGUAUUGAUACAAACAAUGAACUGAGUGGACAGCCAUGACGAAGUGUUAGCUGUUCUAAUGUCAUCUUCUUCUUGAGGGCGAUUGAUAGCAGAAUCUGUAGAGCUGCAGGUAAAAUACCUGUGGUAUUUAUUUACAUCCCGUUCUCUGUUCAAAUCCUGCUGGAAUUGACUUUCUUUGCCAUUCAUCCUUCUCAGGGUCGAUUUGAAAUAGAUUUGGCUGCUAUUUCAAGCAGGUCUGAACAGUUUAAAAGAUUAUGAUCCAUGUAGGAAUCAAAUAAAAACCAGAGGAAACUCUGCUGGAAGUUUCAAGCAUGUGUGAUGUGCAUAUCAUAUUUGAAAAGUUGUGUCUAUCCUCUUAUUGCCAAACUUGCUAACAUUUGACUUUUGAUUUUAUUUUAAUAACAUCAGGAAAAAAAAUGUUGAGGAAUUCAUCGAGCUUCAAUUCAUUUUCGCAGUUGUCAAUGUGAUUUCUUAAGGUACAUUCAAGAGGAUACCUUGAGGUAUACCUACGAAAGUGUCAAGUAAAAAUUCUGGUUAAUCAUGGA